AUGGAGGAGGCCCCCAGCCGCCUAGAAGCCCUGCAGAAGCUGCGGGAGCGCCUGUGCACCGAGACAGAGCCCAGCAAGCUCUACAGCACCCUGAAGAAACUCUCUCGCCUGCCCGUGCUGGGCGACACCCUGGAGGAGAUUGGCUUCAGGAAGACCAUCAAAGUGUUGAAGAAACAGCAGCUCCUGCUACCCUUUGCCAAGGACUUAGCGGCCCAGUGGUCAGAGGGGUCCCACUUUGGGCCCCGGCCUGAACCCAGACCCCAGGACUUUGCCUCCCAGAGCAGCGCGACGACAGAGCCUCGCAGAGACUCCCCAGAGGCGCUUGAGCCUGCUUCCCGGCCACAGGGAGGAGGUGGCAGAGAGGUCUUGGAGGUCAGCGGUAGCAGCCCGCAGCGAAGCGCACCUCGCAGCCCAAGCUCCGAGCCAGCGGGAAGAAAGAGGCCCAGAGGGUCCUUCGGGGGCAGGCAGCUAGCCGCGGAGAGCCAGGUACAGGUACGCGGAGGCAAGCCCCCACAGGGAGGUGUUGGGGGCGCCCUGGCGGCUGCAAGGGGUGAAGGCCCUCUGCGGCAAGCCAGCGGCUGGGCCAGCGAAGCGGCGUCCGCUCGCCUCGACUACCACAGCUCUGACAGCUCUCCGUCUUCCUCCGCGCCCGCGCCGCCGCCUCCGGGCAAGAGGAAGAGGAAAAGCAACUGGAAAGCUGAGGCGCAGAGCCCCGGAGCAGAGGUGCCUCGGGGCGAGUCUCACAGCUGCAGCGAUCUGAAUCUCCUCCUGGAUGACGAUCCCUUCCCAGAGCUCACCUCCGGUCUCCAAGCCUGCUUCUCCGGAGGAGAAGGACCUGAGGACUCUUCCUUGCACACUGACCGAGAAGCAGCACCUUGGGCGCGCAGGGCGACCUGGAAAACGCCUGUGUAUUCGGGUCGCACACCAGCCAGAGCUCUCCCAAGGAAAUCGCACCAAGGACGCUUUGCGAACCCCGACCGCACGUGGGAAACUCACAGCCAACCGGCCCCGCAGGAAUGCGGGCUCUGGAGACAGCAAGAGGACCAGUCCCGCACCUGCAAGCCAACUAACCCCCAGACUGAGACCCAGACACACCUCAGGCUGCAGCAGUCCAGCGAGCUGAGGCUGAAAGCCCUGACAGCCCGCAUCCAAAGCUCACAAGCCAAGAAGCAUCAAGACCGCCAAACCAAGCUGAUCUCCUUCCACGCCCUGACCGCAGACCCAGGCCAGCAUGCAGACUCCGCACCCAGACGGGAAGACUCCCCCGAAAACCUGAACUGCCUCAGCCAAGGCCCUGGCACUGACCUUGUGAAGAGGGCUCCGCGCCCCGCCCUGGGCGGCAGGGACCAGACCCGUGCUAAGAAAGCCGCCCCGCUCAUGGCCAAGGCCCUCAAGGAUUACAAGAAUAGCCCUGGCAUCGCGGACUCCUUUGGGAUUUGCCCCGUGAAUGCGGCCAAACGACAACCGAGGGGUUUAUCUCGCCAACGCGAGACUGGACAGAGGAACACUGGCGGCCUCCCAGGUCGCAAAGGGUCACCUGUGAGGAAGUCUGGCAACCAUGGGGGUCUUUUCCAGUGCCAGAAGGGCGUGAGAACUGGCGGUGCGCCGCCACCCUUCGCCCCUGCCCCUGCCCCUGCCCCUGCCGCUGCCCCUGCCUCCGCCGCCAGCCAGACGGUGGUCUAG